CAAAGAACGAACCUAUUUCGUCGGCAAACAUGAUUUAACCUCUAAACCGUAUUUUAUUGUAUUUUAUUUAGCUUACUUGAGUGACGAGGUAUGUCGAACAAACAUUUGUUUCUUAAAUCUGGAUUUCCGCGAGCACCUCUUGGUCUCGGGAUUGGACGUUAUGUCUGUCAACUACAGAGAAUAACGUUAAAGUUUUGUAAAAGCCAUGGUACCAGUGGUGGCAUGAGAGGCUUCAUAGAGCACGACCUACUUGAUUAUGCAAAACAGAAUCCAGGAGUGGUUGUGUAUGUUAAACCAAGAAGGCACAGGCACCCAGUUAUAGUCGCUGAAUAUUUAAAUGGCGGUAGAUAUUGGAUGAAUGUUUCUAAUUAUGAUCGAGACGACAUUAUAAAAUGGAUGGAACUGGCACGCACACAGAUCCACGACAGUCCUGCAUUGAGAUUGCGCAAAUUAUGGCACACAGAGUUUCCAUCAAUUCAAGGACCGUGGACACCCUUUACCUUCAAGGACCCAAAGAUAAACUUGACAGAGUUUCCUAAUAAAGAGCUUGGCUCGGCUGUUAAACUUCGCUGCACAGCCACGGAAAAACUCAUCAAGUUAUUUGAGGCUCAACAGCUGACGGAAAAAGAAGCAGAUGAUGUUAUGGACACUCAGAAAGAUGUGAAACACAGUAAGAAAGCGUAAUUUCGAAUAUAAUUCCGAGUAGUUCAUUUUGAAUUCAUGUUGUAUGUAAGUAUAUGGAGUUAAAUAGGAAAUAUAUAUAUUUUAUUUGUAUUCAAGCAGUGUACAAUGAACAAGUGCUUUCAUCAUUAUUAAUGAUCAUUAAAAAAAAGAAAAUACAAAC